UGUACCUGGAGACGUACGGCUGCCAGAUGAACGUCAACGACACGGAGAUCGCCUGGGCCAUCCUGCAGAAGAGCGGCUACACGAGGACGAGGGAGCUGGAGGAGGCAGAUGUGAUUCUCCUCGUCACCUGCUCCGUGAGGGAGAAGGCGGAGCAGGCGAUCUGGAACCGCCUGCGGCACCUCAAGGCGCUACGGAGGGCGGGCGCUUCCUCACAAGGACCCUCUCCUUUGGCGGCAGGGUGCAUGGCGGAGAGGCUUAAGGAGGAGAUUCUGCACAGGGAGAAGCUGGUCGAUGUUGUGGCAGGCCCUGAUGCCUAUCGUGACCUUCCCCGGCUGCUGGCCGUGGCAGAGUCUGGCCAGCAAGCUGCUAACGUCCUGCUCUCGCUGGACGAGACUUACGCAGAUAUCCUGCCUGUCCAGACUAGCGCGGGAGGCACCACAGCGUUUGUGUCCAUCAUGCGGGGCUGCGACAACAUGUGCAGCUACUGCAUCGUGCCCUUCACCCGCGGCCGUGAGAGGAGCCGCCCCAUCACCUCCAUCCUGCGGGAAGUGAGGAUGCUCUCGGAUCAGGGAGUGAAAGAAGUGACCCUGUUGGGUCAGAAUGUCAACAGCUUUCGGGACAUGUCUGAGGUGCAGUUUCAGUCAGCUGCUGCCCCAGGCCUCAGUCGUGGCUUUAGCACAGUCUACAAAGCUAAACAGGGAGGCUUGCGCUUUGCCCAUCUUCUGGACCAGGUUUCUAGAAUUGAUCCAGAAAUGAGGAUCCGUUUCACGUCGCCACACCCCAAGGAUUUUCCCGACGAGGUCCUACAGCUUAUCCAGGAGCGACACAACAUCUGCAAACAGCUUCACCUCCCCGCCCAGAGCGGAAGCACGCGAGUCCUGGAGGCCAUGCGGCGAGGAUACACAAGAGAAGCUUAUUUGGAGCUUGUGCAGCACGUGCGUGAGUCCAUCCCAGGGGUGAGCUUAAGCAGCGAUUUCAUUGCCGGCUUCUGUGGCGAGACGGAAGAAGACCACCAGCAGAGCGUGUCCUUGCUGCGGGAAGUCCGCUACAACGUGGGCUUCCUCUUUGCCUACAGCAUGAGGCAGAAAACCCGGGCGCACCACCGGCUGCAGGAUGACGUGCCUGCCACCGUGAAGAAGCGGCGGCUGGAGGAGCUCAUCGCUGUCUUUCGAGAGGAGGCUGCAAGGGCAAACGAGGCGAUGGUGGGCCAGUCUCAGCUGGUGCUGGUGGAGGGGCCCAGCAAGCGCUCUGCCGCGGAGCUGUGUGGGAGGAAUGACGGCAACAUCAAGGUGAUCUUCCCUGAUGCCGAGGUCGGGGAUGCUGCGGGCUGCAGGGCUCUGGUCAGAGCCCGGCCGGGGGACUACGUGCUGGUGAAGGUAACCGCUGCCAGCUCUCAGACCUUGAAGGGAGUUCUGCUCUGCCGUACCACCCUCUCCCGCCCCGCGGCUUCUCAUCAGGGUGUUCCUGCUGCCAGUGGACAGAAGCAGCACGUUUUCUCCGGGAAGGAACAAGGAAGUUUGGCCUGGCCCGCCCGUGCCGCGCUGCAGCUCUGCCCGCUGCUUCGGUCACGUCCCCGAAAGCAGCCCGGCCUGAGAAAUGUGUGUCUGCAGAGCGGGUCGUUCCUGCUGGCUCAGCUGAAUUCAGGAGCUGCAGAAACUGGUGGUGCCUACCAAAUACAGCUCCGGGAGCUGCUGGAGGUGGCAGGA